UAUCCUAAAAUAUAAGCUGUCUAUUUCUUGAGUCUACAUUGAGAGGAAGAAGCCGGCAAAUUCACACCAUCCAACAAGUCAUCACCACCAUUAUUACUCCUUCUGCUCGUCCAUGGCUACUCAGAAGUCCCACGACGGCGCCACCGGAAAGAUGGCUCAACUCUGCCGGAAAAUCCUCCACGUCAACAUCCGGUGGAGCAUCUCACAGAAGAUCACAGUGCUCCGGCAGUUUCUCUGCCUAAUUUGGCACAGAAUUCUUGUAUGCUCGACUAGGUAUAAUUUCCGGUACAGAAGAAUAUUGUCCCCUAGAAGAAACAGGUCGACUGCGGCCGGAGACUCCGGCCAGGAAGACCCCACUACGACGUCGUCCAGCAGCGGGUACGACAGCGAUUCGGAUUUAGUCUCCUUGAAGAUCAGUAUCCUGGGUGAUUCUCAGAUUGGCAAAACAAGCUUUCUGGUAAAGUAUGUGGGAGAUGAAGAAGAGAAGAGAAGCUUGCAGAUGAAAGGGCUGAAUGUAAUGGACAAAACAAUGUGUAUUCAAGGUGCAAGAAUUGCUUUCAGAAUAUGGGAUGUUGCAGGUGAGAAGAGGUCAUUUGAUCAAGUCCCAAUUGCCUGCAAAGAUGCUGUGGCAAUCCUGUUUAUGUUUGAUCUCACCAGCAGAUGUACACUCACCAGUGUGGUUGAAUGGUACAGAGAAUCAAGAAAGUGGAAUCAGACGGCAAUUCCGAUACUAGUAGGGACCAAGUUCGAUGAUUUUGUGCAGCUUCCACCUGAUAUCCAAUGGACCAUCGUCACUCAGGCACGAGCAUACGCGAGGGGACUGAAAGCAACCCUAUUCUUUUCAAGUGCAAAACACAACAUAAAUGUAAACAAGAUAUUCAAAUUUAUCAUGGCCAAGCUCUUCAACUUGCCUUGGACUGUCGACAGAAAUUUGACAAUUGGCGAACCCAUUAUUGACUUCUAAUUCCACUUUUCUACUGUAAAGCUCGCUCACAUGUAUAUAUCAUCAAGGUUUUAUGAUCAUUGAUGAAAGCGCUUGUUUAGAUUUUAGGAUUUACUUUUAUUAAAGGUACCUAAAAAAAGCUCCUACUAUCUGAUUUACCCAACACGUGAUAUGGUAAAAAGCUUAUAAGCUCGCCCAUACACAUUUAAAACGUAUGAGGACAUUUGUACUUCAACCCAGACAAUAAGAAGAGUAGAUAUCACCAUUUUCAGACCCAUCUAGUUUCAUCAAUUUUACAUAUAUGGUUGGUGAUAACUUGAUGAAAAAUUCAAUAAUUGCAGAACACAAGUUAAUUUGCGGAAAAAACGCACGCAUGCUCGGAAAUAAAGAUUGGCAUCAGUGUAAUACAGGCGUUUGUUCUCACAUACUCGAGCUGCUUGCGCUCUGCAUUCUGAAAGUGCGUUGGCAUGCUACCGGAGAGGUGA